AUGGCUCCGUUCUCGAAGAGCGGCCUCCAGGUACUCGCUGGCGAGUACCUGGCUGGUCCUCUUCUGAAGUGGGACGAAAUGUCCCUGUUCGACGAGUUGUUUGCCACGGGCUCCGAGCCCGAAAUGUCUGUCCUGACCUGGGAGCUGAUCGAGCUCCUAUGCAACAUGGUCAUCGUCGUGGGGCCUGGCUCUCCCCAAACCUACCUCCUCCGUGUCGUCCUCACUCCCGAGUUUGCGUGGUUCGGCUUACACUGGGCAGGGAUGCCACACCCUGGCAAGUACCUCUCUUCAAGAAUCGAAGGAAAAACACCUACUAACCCACGGGUAGCCCAGGUGUCCACCUACCCUUCCGACCUCCUCGGCCUCCUCCACUCCCGUCCCCUGGUCGCGUCCGUGGCCCUCCACCAAAACCUGGGGGUUGGCGGGGAGUGGAAGUCCAUCGUUCUCCGUCUGUGGGCUCACCUUGAGCCCUACGGCUCCUACGUACGCGGUGGCCGGCUGCAGCCCGCAGCUGGCAAUGACAGCGACGCCCUUCCAUCAAUGGUGGACGUCGGGUACCCUCCUUCACCCGUCAAGGAGGAUGUGGAGGGUGUGCUGCCGCCCAUGGAGGGCGUUGAAUUUGUGUCCGUCCCCGGUGUCUACAUGGACACCAUGGUCCGUGAUAUUUCUCCGGACAUGGAUGUCUGUGGGACGGUGUCUGCUUCCGCCCCUCCUGCUGCCAUGAUUUUGCCUCCCUCUCUCCCCAUCGUGUCUCCCUCCCUCCCCGUCGUGCCGCUAUCCCUCCCCGAGGGCGGCCCCUCCACCAACAAGUACCGCCAACGGUACUAG